AAAUAUGCAUUCCAAUUAAUUUAGUUGAUGAUUACAGUUGGCUUUACAUGAACAUGACCGCCUGUGAACAUACUCCAAAUACAUAAAACAAACCCAUCAACAGAACGUACCCAAGCAUUGAUGUCAGUUAGAACACUGUACCUUAUCACACUGUAACAAAUACCACUUCCUGCUCUCCACCUCGUCAUCCCACAACCUAUAUUUUAAACCAAAAAAAGCAAUAUAACCACCAUGAUUCAAUACACUAAUCAUCAGAUGCACACCAUUUCCGAUCCCAUGUCUGCUGGGGGACCAAAUUUUUUCCCAGACUAUAUAACAUUCUUCUCAUCACAAUGCAAUCCUCUUCAACCGCAACUGCAAGCCCUAAAAAUGUAAUAGUCUGCGGGGCGGGCGUAAUAGGCGUCUGCACGGCCUAUUUCCUGGCGCAGAAGGGCGCCCAUGUGACCGUGGUGGAAAAAUCGGCCCCCGCUUGCGCCGCCUCUGGAAAGGCCGGCGGAUUCUUAGCCCUCGACUGGUGCGACAGCGGCCCGCUUUCUGCCCUAGCCCGACGCAGCUUCCACCUCCAUGGUCACCUGGCCGAUCUCCUCAGCGGACCGACCGCUUACGGUUUUCGCCCGCUUGAAGCCCUAUCCCUAACAGUCCGAGAAGCGGAUGCGCCCAAGCGAGGGCCGAAUUUGCCAGCGUGGGUCGACGGGUCUGCCACGUUUGCAGCUUCCAUUGGGACAACUCAGACGACAGCUCAGCUUCAUCCCUAUCUUUUCACCCGGAAGAUUCUAGAUACGGCUGUGGAGAAGUAUGGAGUAACUGUGGUUAAGGGCGAGGUUAAGGAGGUGAGGUUAAGUGAGGGUAAUGUUGCGAGUGGGGUUGUGGUGGAUGAUGGAGAGGUUUUGCUGGGCGACUGUGUGGUUUUGGCCAUGGGGCCCUGGUCUGCUAAGAGCCCGGUCAUAUCGGAGCUUUGCAGGAUAUCGGGGGUUAAGGUGCAUAGCAUUGUGUUGAGGCCUCAGGUGCCUGAAGCCAUAGGACCGCAGGCUUUGUUUCUGAAUUAUGAGACCGCUGAGGGCGUGUCCAUGGAUCCUGAGGUGUACCCUCGUCCUACAGGUGACGUAUACAUCUGUGGUCCGUCAGAGGAAGUAGAAGUCCCAGAUGAUCCUCAGCAAAUUCUACCUUGUAAGGAAUCAAUAAUAACACUGCAGAAGGUAGCUCAAACAGUCUCAAGUCAUUUAGGAAGUGCAGAACUAAAAGCAGAACAGGCUUGCUUUCUGCCCACUUCUGAGGAUGGAAUACCUCUUAUUGGUAAGAUUCCCGAUAUGGUUGGUGUCUAUGUAGCCACAGGGCAUGGCUGUUGGGGCAUAUUGAAUGCACCUGCUACUGGAGAAUCUUUGGCUGAACUUAUUAUAGAUGGAAAAGCAAAGAAUGUAGAGUUAAAGCCCUUUGAUCCUGCUAGAUUCACGAAAGCAUCUAAGAAGAUUUCUGACUGUUAGCUUUUGUAUAAUGCUUGUGAACUCUAGCUCACAGUUUUAAAUUUUAUGGUGGUUGAUCUCCAAAAUAGUGCAUUUCGUGUUCUUUGCAGCUUUUUCAAAGCAGCAGCCAAAUUAUAAUAAUAGAUAUGCAGAUCAUCUACAAGAUGAUAUAAUGCAGAAUUUGUGGUUGGCUCA